AUGGUGGUGUAUGACAAGGUGACGACGGCGGCCCGUCGGCUGCUGAACCCGGUCGGUGCCCUGGCCACCCAGGCCACAUCGUGGAAGGGCCAGCAGCAGCGCGGUGUCGUUCACAAGUCCAUCCUCCAUCUCCCUCAGGGGUACCCCGAACCUUGGGAUUAUAAGAACAAGGGUUUCAAGUAUUCGGAUGCUCUAUGCGACCGCACGCAGCCUCGUUUCCACCAAAACUCUCGCCUGAUCGUCAUCGAGGGCAACAUCGGCUCCGGCAAGUCCACGCUGGCCAAGCAGCUCGCCGACCAGCUCGGCUUCUACCACAUGCCCGAAUUCAAGAUGGACGACAUUCUCGUCGAUCGCUAUGGGAAUGACUAUAGGAACUUCUACCACCUGUUCCCGAAGCGUUUCCGUAUGCCGGACAUCAACAUGUUCUACAAGAACCCCAUGGACGAGCUGUCGGCGGCGAUGCAAGAGCGUCUCUUCCAGUGCCGUUUCGAGCAAUACCUCAAUGCUCUUGCUCACAUCAUGAAUACCGGCCAGGGUGUCGUGCUCGAGCGUGCGCCACAUUCCGAUUUCGUCUUCACCAACGCAAUGAGGGCCCGCAAUUUCGUCGGUCCGGAAUUCUUCAAGUACUACUACUACGUGAGGAAGAAUGCCCUGCCCAAGCUCGAGUUCUGGCCCCAUUUGGUCGUCUACCUGGAUGUGCCGGUGGCCAAGUGCAUGGAGAAUAUUCGGAAGCGCGGGAAUGUGAACGAGAUCGCGACGCUGGAUGAGACGUAUCUCGGGACGAUCAACGAAUCGUACAAGGAUUCGUUGAGGGAAUACCGGAAGCACUCCAAGAUUCUGGCGUUCGACUGGACCAACCCGGCCGAUGUGGAUUCGGUGAUUGAGGAUAUUGAGGCGACGGAUCUGGACUUCUUCGAGUGGCACUCGGGCGAGGUGUUCGAAGAAUGGCAUCUACCGACCGACGAGAUCACGUGGAACGGCUGGAGGGAGUACACCACCUCCAAGAUGAACGCCCUCUUCUACGCCUUUGACGGCAUCAACACCACCGACGUCGGCGAGCUGUACUAUAACCCGCGUGAUGUUGGCCACUAUUUGCAGACGGUGCAAAAGGAGAUCCUGAAGUCGCGGUUCAGCUACGGGUACAACAUGCAGAAGGGCGACAAGAUGGGCGGGCUGUGGAACUCGCGCGUGUUCGAGACGUUGCCCGAGCCGUGGUUCGAGUACUACUGGCGGGAUCUGUGGUACGACCACUGGCACUCGUUCGAGACGUUCGUCGACCCGAACGCCGAGGAGUACAACCCCGACUAUGUGCACCACCAUCAC